UAUCGUCUGCCCGGUUGAUUGGUUUCAUCGGUGGGACCGACAUGUCAGAGACGUACGAUUUCCUGUUUAAGUUCCUGGUGAUUGGCAGCGCUGGGACUGGGAAAUCAUGCCUCCUUCACCAGUUCAUAGAAAACAAGUUCAAACAGGACUCCAACCACACCAUCGGCGUUGAGUUUGGCUCCAGGGUUGUUAACGUUGGUGGCAAAACGGUCAAACUGCAGAUCUGGGACACAGCUGGGCAGGAGCGCUUUAGGUCGGUGACCCGCAGUUACUACCGUGGAGCAGCAGGGGCUCUUCUCGUGUAUGACAUCACAAGUCGGGAGACCUACAAUGCUCUGACUAACUGGCUGACGGACGCACGGACACUGGCCAGCCCCAACAUCGUCAUCAUCCUCUGCGGGAAUAAGAAAGAUCUGGAUGCGGACCGUGAGGUCACCUUCCUAGAAGCAUCUCGUUUUGACAACGAUAACAAGCUGAUGUUUUUGGAGACGAGUGCUUUAACCGGGGAGAACGUAGAGGAAGGCUUUCUCAAAUGUGCUCGCACCAUCCUCAAUAAGAUUGAGUCGGGUGAGUUGGAUCCAGAGCGGAUGGGUUCUGGGAUCCAGUACGGCGACACGUCCCUGCGGCAGCUCAGACAGCCCCGGGGCUCUGCUGCACAGGCCAAGCAGCAGUGUAACUGUUAGGGGUCUGGACACCCUGACCGCUAGCAGACAUCAGACCGUACACACACAACCUCCCCCCUCAGCUCCGGGUGUCUCUGGGUAUGCACACCCCUUACCCCUCUCCCAAAUGUGACCCUUCCACACCCAGACACAUCUGGAUCAUUUCUUAUGAUGAAGUCCAUCUGCAAACUUUGACCUCUGACCUCAGAAAGCUGUCCACCCAGGACUGCUUUGAGCUGGGAUGGGAGACCCCUAGCGAGGGGCACGGGCAGUAGAGGUGAAUCAAGACCCGACUGAGAGACUGUGCGUGUUUUUACCUUCUCCUGUGAUUCUUACACACACAGUUCCUUCUUAUAAAGUAACCAGCCAUCAUCUAGACUUCACUAGACUGGGAUAAACCAUUCAACGACAGCAGUAGAUGAAACAUUCCUAGGUCUUGAAUCAUUUUAUACAUUGUGACAUAUCAGUUCUUUGUUGGUGUUAAACUGAACGUCCCCUUGAUUUUGUUUUGACAUUCCUAAAAAUGACAAAUAAGCAUAUGAGUGGUCUGUGUGCAGGUUAGUUGGUCACUUAUUACCACAGACUGCAUUUUUACCUGCUAAAAUAUGACCAGAAUCCCAAAUAUUGAUCUUCUGAGAGAACGUACAGCUCUUAAAACCCCACAUACACUCAGAUAUUUAUGCUGUUGCAUUGGUUGUGUAUUUAAAGAGCUUCUAAAAGCACAAAAGAGGAGAAGGGGAAAAAGAAACAUCCAUUCGGUCGGCACUAUCUGGUGCAUAUCAGAUGUUUACCGCCAUCCCAGUCUGGCUUGGGUUAGAGGUUAUCGUCCUACUUAACCUCACCCGUCUUUCUGCACAGACCUCCUACCUGCAGAUUUAGUGAAAUUAAGGACAAUAAAUCGUGUUCUUUUUGUUAUUUAAAUUUUGCGUUUGUUUGGCAGACACUUAUAGAAAUAUCAAAUAAUAAAUUUUUUAGAGAUUGGUGGUUUAAAAAUGUAUUUCACGAAAUGCCAAAAAAAAAAAGAAAAAAACUCUAUACAAAAAUAAUAGAUUAAAUUGAAACUUUUGAAGUCUCCCAAAAACUCAAGAACAAGUUCAAAUCAUAUUUCACCUUGAAUUUAAAAUAAUGAAAUUAGAGAUAAUAUGUUUCCUAAAGAAAAUAAAGGUUACUUUAGGACAAUUAAGAUUUUGGAAAUUUUGACUUUGACAAUUAAACACAUUUCCUUCAAAAUUUUCACAAAAAUAAAUGAUGCGUAUUUUAAAAUAUUUUAUUAUAAGAUUAUAGUAAUGCAAAUAGGAUUUUAAAUGCUUAAUUUCAAAUAAAAAAAAGUCACAAUGCAUAAAAAAAUUAUGAUAUCAAAAUUUAUUUUGUGAGAUUCAACCCUGUUAUUAUUGAGUUAAAGUCACAUAAAAAGUGUACACUGUUAGAAUGGAAGUAUAUUUCCGUGCAGCAACCAGCUCAGACCCUUCAGACUGCAACACGGUUAAUCUUCCACUGUAGCUGUGGUGUUUAGUCGUGAUUUGUUCGUUGUUUGCUCUGGUUACCCAUGACGGGGAGAUCUAGAGGUGAUGAGCGCCGCAGUGCCCCGUUCCCUCAGUGACAUCAUCAUUAUGCACCACAGACAGACCUGUUUUGAUCUGUGUUUUAAAUACUGUCUAUGUGAUGUGUGGGUUUCCUUUCCUCUUUUUUUUUUUUUUUUUUUCCUUCUGCAAGUGCACUUUUUUUGACUGUUUAUAUACUGUACCUAUAGAAUUGUAAAAUUUAUAGUAAUCUAAUGAUAUUAAAUGAGAGAAUAUUG